AUGGCUACCGUCGUCGCACAGUCCCAUUUCAUCUUCGGUCUGCGGACAGGUGUGAGUAACAAUUUGUGUUUCUUCGACGAGCAAACUGUCGUCUUCCCCUCCGGAAACAACUGUGUGUGCUACAACAGCCUCCAAAGAUGUCAGAGGUUCAUUCCAGGCUCAGAGAAAAGCCAGGGCAUGCGUGCUCUGGCCAUCAGUGCCAACCGGCGUUACCUGGCGGUGUCUGAGUGUGGUGAGAAGGCCACCAUCACAGUGUUCGACCUGCAGCAUGAGCAGGGCAGAAAGAGAAAGGUUCUGACUGCAGGAGACAUGCUCGUUCAAGAGUUUGUAUGCAUGGCUUUCUCCCCUGAUUCCAAGUACCUAAUAGGCCAAACUGGUGGUCCAGAGUGGACGCUCAUCUUCUGGCUUUGGGAAAAACAGAAAGUCCUGGCAACAGUGAAGACCAGUAACUCAAAUAAUCCUGUUGCCCAGGUCAGCUUCAACCCUUACAACAACAUGCAGCUCUGUGUGAGUGGAACUGGUGUGUUCAAGCUCUUCCGCUACUCAGAGGGAGCUCUGAAACAGUGCAGCUUCCCAAAGGUGGAGUCCAUCAACUUCCUGUGUCAUACCUGGAUGACGGCGGAGCGUGUGAUCGCUGGGACAGACACGGGCAGGCUGCUGGUGUUUGAGUCUGGAGACCUGCGAAGAGAGAUUAACAUGGCUUCCAAGGCUGGGCAGGAGCAGUCUGACAGACAAGUGGAGAUGAUGAAGAUCAGAGACGCUGACAUGAAUGAAGGUCCCAAUGCGCCCCGCAUCACAGCCAUUCUGUCCUACUCCAAGGGCUUUGCAUGCUCUUUAGGGUCUGGCACGGUCUGUCUUUUUGAGAAGAACGAGGAGGACAGUUACAGAAGAGGCAGGGAGAUACGGAUCCCUCCAGACCCAUACAGCACUGACCCGACCCCGGCUGAGUGUCAGGAGAUUGACACCAUGUGCAUCAGUCCAGCCGAGGAGACUCUGGCCAUCAGCACAGACAGAGGGCAGCUGUACAGCCUCAGCCUGUCGUCUGUGGAGAUGAACAAGGAGGAACACGGACAUUUUGAGUUCCUGUCACAGUCCUUCCACUCCAAGUCCAUCACUGGUUUGUCUGUCUGCAUUCGAAAGCCCCUCGUGGCCACCAGCUCUCUGGACCACUCUGUCCGCAUCUGGAACUACGAAACAAAAGUGUUGGAGCUGUACAAGGAGUUCCAGGAGGAGGCGUACAGCGUGGCUCUGCACCCCACUGGCCUCUUCAUCCUGGUGGGCUUCUCAGACAAACUCAGGCUGAUGAACCUGCUUAUCGAUGAUAUCCGCACCUUCAAGGAGUUCACUGUGCGUGGCUGCAGAGAGUGUGCCUUUAGCCACGGUGGCCACAUGUUUGCAGCUGUCAAUGGAAACGUCAUCCACAUCUACUCCAUCACCUCUUUUGAGAACAUUCUCAAUCUAAAGGGUCAUAAUGGAAAGGUGCGCGGCAUUGAAUGGAGCCUGGAUGACAGCCGCUUGGUAUCGUGUGGGAUGGACGGUGCGGUGUAUGAGUGGAACACACAGACCGGAAAGCGGGAAUCUGAGAGUGUCCUCAAGUCCUGCAGCUACACAGGUGUCGCUUUCUCUUCAGACUGCAAGACCAUCCUGGCUGUGGGAACAGACCUCACUCUGAAGGAGAUCCAAGAUUGUCAGGUCCUGAAGGAAGUUCCUGCUGAUGAGGUAGCUCACGUCGCUGUGGCAGUGUCUCACUCUGGUAGGGUUGUCUUCACCGGGACUUCCAGCGGAACCAUCCGAGCCAUUAAAUACCCGUUACCCAUGCAGAAGGAAUGGAUCAUGUACCAGGCUCACUGUGGCCCCAUCACCAAGAUGGUGGUCACGUUUGACGAUCAGUUCCUGCUGACAGUGUCUGAAGACGGCUGCCUUUUGAUGUGGAAGAUCAUCGAUAAGGAGGGCCGAGGACUGAAGAGCAACAGGCAGAUCAUCCACACUGAAGAGAUCCUUGUCACCAAGUCAGACCUGGAAGAGAAGAACCAGAACAUGCUGGAGCUGAAGAUGCGUCUGGAGGAGCUGCAGAUGGAGAACGAGUACCAGCUCCGCCUGAAGGACAUGAACUACAACGAGAAGAUGAAGGACCUUUCUUACAAGUUUACCCAGCAAAUAGAAUCUCUGACUACAAUGCAACAGACCAUGAAGACAGAGAUGGAAAAGCAGGAACGUGAGCACCAGGAGAGUUUUGCAGAGGUCGCUGCCAAACACGCAAAAGAACUGAAGGAUUUAGAGUUGUCCUACAGCCAGAAACUGAUUGUGGAGCAUGAGAGGUACCAGGACCUUCAGCAUAAACAUCAGAAAAUGCAGGAGGACUAUGAGAAACAGCUUGAGGCAGCAGAGGAGAGCAGAACCCAGGCCCUGGAGGAGCAGACGCAGCUCUACGAGGCCAAGCUGCAGGAGAAAACUCAACUCCUGGCUCAGUGUCAGGAGGACACACAGCAGCAGAUAGUGGAGUUUAAAGAGAUCAUAAAGCAAGUAGAGGAAGAUGAGGAGAGGAAGAUGCAUGACCUCCAAAUCAAGUACGAGAAGAAACUGCACACUGAGAAAGAGACCAACACCAAUCUGAAAGGAGAAACUGGUAUCAUGACACAAAAGUUCUACAGUCUGCAGAGACAGAUCGACGAGAGGUGUGUGGAAAUAAACAAGCUGAAGCAGGAGCGGCAGAGGCUGCUGGGGUUGGUCCGCUCCCUGGAGAGCGACAUCGAGGACCUGAAGAGGCAGAUCUCCGGACACGAAAAGACCAACCAGGACAAGGAUAAGACCAUCUCCAGCUUGAAGAAGAAGAACCAGGAACUGGAGAAGUUGAAGUUUGUUCUGGAUUUCCAGUUGAACGAGUUGAAGAAACAGACUGAGCCUCAACAAGAUGACAUCAAUGAGAAGAAGGAGCGCAUCCAUCAGCUGCAGGAAGAGCUGGUGCAGAUUGACAAGAGCAACACUCAGCUGAAGUUCACCGUCUCUGACCUGAGGCUCAAACUGAGGACCAGAGAUAAGGAGAUGCACAAGGAGAUGCAGAAAGUGAAAGAUUUGGAGACGCAUCUUCAACGCCUCAAGUCAGACCUCCAUAACUGCGUGGGCCUCAUCCAGGAGCCAAGGAGACUGAAGGACGCUGUGCAGAUGAUCUACACACGCUAUGUAGCACAAUCUGAUGGGGUGGAGAAAAACAGCGUGGACGAAGAUAUUCAGAGGGCGUUCUGUCACCAGCGUGAUCACCUGGAGAAGACGGUUAAUAGUCUGAAGACGAGGCUGGCCAAAUCUGCUGAGGAGCAUGACAAAGUCUACGUCAAGAUCAUGAAGGAGAACGUGACUCUGAUUGCUGAAAUCAACGAUCUGCGGAAGGAGCUGCGCUCAGUGAGGACUCAGGUCAAAGAGUACAAAGGUCAGCUGGCCACACUCAAGAAGUCCAACAAAUCACGUCCUAACUCUGAGGAAGGACCCAAAAAGGAGCCCAAACAUGAAGACGUCCAUUAAGAAUUAAAAAAAACAAAACCAAAUCAGAGAGCAAAUCCACCCCCUGGACCAGGAGCACCGUAGACCAGCAGCGACACAUGCCGAGGAUCUCUUGCUGUAAGCCACCAACACCAGUUUCCAGAACUGAUAGUACAAAUAGUUUGUCUUAACACAAUUAAAACUCCUUAUUUUACCACAUAAUUACAAUGAAGACAUUAUGGUAGUAUAUGAAAUAGAUUUGUAAUGCCAUCGUUCUUGUCCUUGGACCAAUUAUUGAUUCACCAUGAACACCUAAUGUGACCUCCACCAGCAGCUUUAAGGACUGAAUCCUUUGGAGUCGUAUCACUGGACUGACAAAUACCUCAAAAACAUCAGACUGUACAUUGUAACUGCUUCCUCUAGGGGAACUUAAUCACAUCAUUCAAUUAUAAUGACAACAUGAAGAUUUAAAACUAUUACUUAUGAAUGUACAUUGAGUACACUGGAAAGCAUGUGUGAGUAUUAUCACCAUUUUGGGAUCCAUUUAAAUGAUGCAUAUCUAUUAUUUCUGAAAUUUUUUUUAAUGCAUGCUAUAGAGCUUUAGAUAUUUUUCUUAGUAUUCUAGGCAACCAUUAAUUUAUGUAUAGCAUAAAAAUAUAUAGGGAUUAGCCGGUAAACCAUGAUCUGAUCAACCAACAUUAUCUGUACCCAAAGUGGGAGGGGCUUAAACCAGAAGUUGGUGGGACUAACCAGAAGUUGUUCAUUUACAUUUGGAAAUGAUAUUGGUUGAUCAGAACUUGCUAUAUUUAUUAGAAAACUAUUUACAGAACAAGGUUUUUUUUAUUUGCUAUAUUUACAAGCACAGAAAUGAACACAUUUGACUCUGAUGGUACUACUCGCUCAACCCUAAACAACUGAAACCUGCUGCAUAAUCCAUGACAGCAUAUUUCUAAUCUAUACUAAUGUUUAUAGACUGCAUGUUACAUUGUGUGACUACUGCAGUUUAAAUUCAGACUGAAGAAGAGCCUAAAAUGCAUUCACCUUCAAACAAUUAUGGAAAUUAACACAGACCAUCAUAGUGUUGGAUUAUAAAACUACAAAAUAAGAGUAGUGGACCAAUGCAUUUAUAAAACACUGAACCAUGGUUAGUAAAAUGGGCUGCUGUGAUGGAAAGUUAAACAUGCAAAGCCACUGCUAUGGGCCUUUACAUAUAUUUUAAUUUGGGGAUGUAGAAGGAAAAGGAGUAAGAAAAAAAAUCUCUUGCAAACACAGCUAGAAACCAACCCUCUUUCUUCCUCAGCUGUUUGAAGAAAUUACAUUACAGAGCCUUUAAAAAAAAAAAAUAAAAGCAUUUCUGGUACAUUUUACAGAUUUGUCUUCAGUAGGAACCAGAGAGAGUGGAGCAGUGAGGCUAUGGAGGUUUGUGGAAGUGGGUUCAGUCAAGGCUGAUCAUAGAACAAAUGUGUGAUCUCUGGGCCACACUAGUGCAACAAUGUGAACAUAUAGCUACUGAACAGCAGAUGUGCUCAUUCUGAAAGCAGAGCUACACAAUGAGAUUAAACAAAAAUGGCGACAA